AUAAGUAUUUGCCUUCAUGUUAUCAGAAUGUAUGAAAUCCUCAGUGUAGCACAUUCCGUGCAGAUCAAGCUUUGACCUAAAAUAGAUGUGGGAGUUGUGGGAAAAUUACCCCUGUCCUUCAUGUGGGGAGGGGGGGAGGAAUCCAGCUGCUUUGUGAUGAGUUUCUAACUUGCAUUUGACUCUCAUUAUGCAACUGUAACCAACAAGUGCCAGGGAUGUUUCUCCUGUCAUGCAGAAUAAAUUAUAUAUUUUGCACUAAUUUGUUCUACAGGUAAACAUAAUUCUGUACAUAACAUGUAAAGCUGUUUUUACAGAAGAAAAGCUUAUUGGAGAAAGCCAGUGAAAACACUAGAAGCGUUUCACAUUUUGGGUUCUUGUGGUAUUUUAGUCUGAGUAAAACCAAAGUAAUUCACACUUAUUGUUUACUGACGUUAAGUGGACAUAGAUGCUUAAAUGCUGAUGGCAUGACGUUAAGCGCCAAGAUCGAUUGGGGAAAUCAGCUGUUGAUCUUUAGCUAAAGCCAUUAUCAAGUCUUAAAUGGGAGUGGCUAUAACAUUAAUGGACAUUACAUGUGAGUUUUUUAUUUUAUUUUAUAAGUGGCAUGGGUUAUAGGAGACCUGAAUGCUGUGGUGUAAAGAAAGCAAUUUUGAGAGAUUUUUCGUUCUAGCCUUUGACGGACAAACCAGACGAGGCCUUGAGCUUUCAAAACAAGACGGCAGCUGUGGAAUUUCUAAAUGAAAUGAAGAACUACAUUUCAGCCAAAGUAUGUGUUUACUGGGCACCAGAGUAUCCACAGUUGUCCCUUAUACUUUACAGAAUACUGAUGUUUUAUGAAAAUAAAGAUUUCUGCAUGAAAUUACUAGUUGUACAUGAAAUUGCAGUUGGUGCUGUGUCUAUAUAUUUAAAGAGCAUAAGAUGGAGUGAGCAUCACCACAGAGGCUGUCCCCGACCUCGCUUGCCAGGGAUAGGCUGCAGGCUCUGCACGGUGUUGAUGGAUUCAUGGAUGGAUGGAUGGAUGACUCGAUAAUUCUUGCUAAUGUUUGCUGAGGUGCUUUGGGCAUAUAGCCGUGCCUUUGCUUCCAUCAAGGAAAUCGGGUUCGUUGUGCUUGUGUUUUGUAUUGUUUUUGCUCUGUUGCUUUUGGGAAAAAAAAUUGUCAGAUGCUAGUUAAAGCCCAGCUGCGCAUAGUCCUGCGCAUCACAUGUCACCCCCAUGAACAGCUGCAGCCAGAGCAGCUGCAGCCAGAGCAGCUGCAGCCAGAGCAGCUGCCUUCGUCUGCUCACCGGUAGACCUGUCUCUCUCUGUCACGGUGGGUAAGGCACUGUGUAAAUGUGACAAUUACUUGGGCCGUCUUUCAGAUUGUUCACCUAUUUCACAAAAAGAAGCCUUUUCAGCAUGCGUCGUUAUUAGGGAAUGUGCUAGAAGCUUCUCUCGUCAUACUUGUUCAAAGCCACAUAUGACGUGCAGUCUGGGAAUCAAACUCCAGUGAUACAUUAAGCGAGGAUUCAUUAGCACCCAGCUAACGAGUGGAGAAACCUUUUUUGUUUUUAUUUUUUUCAAUGAAGGAUUAUUUCAUGUUUAUUUCAUGUCGUCCUGAUCUGGCACUCAGGGUGCUGAGAACUCUCCUGUCCAGCCUUAUCUCAGCCUCUGCUUAUUAGAAACAGCCAUUUCUCUGCCCUGUUCGGAGAGCACUUGUUUGCACCUCAGUUUACAACAUGAAGGCCCGUUUGUAAGGAAAACAGCGCAUGUUUCAUGCCUUCAAGGCCGCUCGUCGUUGGGUAGCUCCACCUGCAGCCUGCCCCCGAUUAUGUGAAGAGAGCUGAUAUAAAACCCCUCUCCCUCGUCGACCUGCAUGAUGAUGCUCGUGUACGUUGCCUUGGACUAGAGAGGCAGCCAUGUGGCCGGGGAGCGUGCUCAGAGCGAUGCUGGUUCUGCCCUGUGUACUGGCUGGUCUUCCAUCCAGGCACAUGGAGGGAGACCCAGGAAUGGAGCAGCACCCAGUGCUGCAGCAUCCAAAGCCAGUGAAUCAGUUCCGUGUAACAGGGGAAGCAGACGGAGGAGCAGAUGGAGGGGUGCAGACGAGCAGAGGGGAUGAGGGGCACGUGUGGGUCCAUCCGUCUCGCUCGCCGGAAGGGGACCUGGCCGUAGAUUCAGUGAGAACCGCAAUGUCUGCCUCUGAACACCCGCCUCUAUCAACCGGCACUGAUCAGGCAGCCGUCCUCGAGGAACUGAGGGCCACGUUUCUCAAAGGCUUGGGAAGAAAGCCUGAACUGGGAUCUGAGGACAGGGUCCGUUUGGGGCUGUGCGCCGACCCGCAGGAACAGAGCAGAGCGCAGAUCUCACCUCUCGUUCUGUUAGCCGAAAAGUUAUCAACAGAGCAAGAGAGGUCCAGCUUACACAUUUUACACCCUGUUAAAGAGCUGUGGGAGGCGGAGGGACCGGAACCUUACAGGAGCAGGCUGCUCCUUCACUUCCAGCUGCCUCCUCCCCUGCACUCCCAGCUCUGCAGAGUCACACUGGUUCUCCUCCUCCUCCAUCUGUGGGGCUCCGUCGAAGCGAAGGAUCUGCGUGUCUCUUUUACAGGACACUCUCUCCAGCCUCACCGGCAGACAGCAUGCCUGUCGACGGGAACACAGUUUAUUUUCCUUACUGGAAGACCGACAGAGAGUGAUGCCCAGAGUCACCCACUGUGGCUGGUUACCAUGGAAACAACCCAGGCUGAUAAUGGCUCCCAACUGCCUGAGCUGCCAGGAAUUUUUCUGGGCGAAGCACUAGGACUCAACAGAACUCUGAGUCCUCUGCUGCUUCUCUACGCAGACAGGGGGGGGGAUGAAAUGCCAGACAAGCAGGAUGCUCCUGAGGUCAGGGAACCGCUGGAGACACGCCCCCCACCGGUCUCUGAAACGUUCCUUUUCCUCUGCGAGCUGCAGGCAUUCCUGGGAGAGGCCCUGUCCCACACGCUGCUGCCGCCUGCCCCCGCUCACACUGCCCCCGUCUCCCUGAACACCCUGCACUCCCUGCCCUCUAUGACCCUGGGUUCAUCCUCCAGCGAGCCCCUCCUCCUGGGCCUGCUCACCUCCACCACCCCCACGCUCUUCUCAUUCCCUCCCCAGACAUCCGAGCUCAGGGGCCACCGGGUGGAGUUGGCCCUGCAGCCCCACCUGCUGACGGUCCUGAAGGAGCGGCUGGUGCAGGCUGCAGCUCAGAUCCGUUCAGAUGAGGUGAGGGGACCCAAUGUGGCAAAGCAGCUUCAGAGGCUGCAGAAGCUGAGCCAGCUUCCGGGGGAGGAGAAAGAACUGCCUGACGGUGUCCGUAACUCCAGAGAAAGACAGUAUCGUGCUGUUCUGCUCCUCAAGGCUCUCCAGACAGUUCUGGGAGCAUGGGAGGGUGCAAGGGGCGAACGGGCAGCUCGUGGGGGUGAGGAGGAACACGGGAGGGGGGCCAAGUGCCGACUGCACCCCCUCACGGUGCCGGUGCUGGCACCCCUACUGAGCCCACCCACCCUCACAAUCAACAACUGCCAGGGAUCCUGCAGCACCCCCAUAUUUAAAGGCACGAACCACGCCAUGCUGCUGAACAGCUUUGGCAGUAAGCAGCCCCUGGAGCGCGCCCCCUGCUGCGUACCCGAGGAGUACGAGGACCUGCAGGUGGCCGAGCUGGACUCCAACGGCACCCUCAUCCACUUCAAGCCCAACAUGGUGGCCAAAGAGUGUGGCUGUCGCUGAGACCUGCAAAGGCUCCUCAGUCCAGGUACAAAUGCUCGGCUCAUGAACCCAAUCCGGUCCUCGGGGACCCAGAGUCGGUCCAUGUUUUUGCUCCCUGCCAGACAAUAAACAUUUUUGCUCCCUCCCGGCUUCCGAGGACUGGAUUGGGACACACUGCUGUAUACCAUCCCUACAGAGUAUACAGCAUGUUACGUUAUACUGUUGCUCACACUGUGUGCAUGUAACACCAGGGUUGCCAACUCUGUCAUUCGGUGUGACAAAUUUUCAGACUCUCAUGCAAGAAAUCUUAUGGCAAAUCUAUAUUAUUCCAUUACAAACCAAAAAUUAGUGACAUCAAAAGCAUUGGGGUAGUGUGCAAACCCUACAGACUAUUUACAAGGCAAUAAAACUGUUGCAUACAUGUAAAUUCACGUUUCAUGUGUGUGCAGAUUGGUGUCGAACUGAAAUUCUCACUCCAACCAGCUAACCAGAGUUGGCAAACCUGUAACACUUUCUAGGCAUCUGCGCUUGUAACUAGUUCAUGGAUUAUUCAAAGGUGUUUGUUUUUGUUAGCUGGUCCAUGGUGUCAUACUGUGGGUUGACAGUUAUCGUCUGUAUUUUGAAAGAGAAACUUUCUUUGAUUCCAUGAAGAAAGAAUAUGGAACAAACAAAAAAAAAGUUUUCCAGACAGUGUUUUUGUAUUUAUUGUCUUUGUAAACAUCUCAAUGGAACAAGUUUGUUUAGAAAUACAGUGUAUUCAAUCCAAGUCUAGUAAACAGUACACAUUAUAUUAGCAUCAUUAUCAGUACCAAACCUCAAAGACAUAUUUGACCAAUAUUUUCAAGCAGACGUGAUGUCAGGCUUACUUUCCACUCACAUUGUUUAGGAUACAGUCAAAUACAGUUUUGGAACCAUGAAACUUUCCUACUUGAAAUCUCAGUUGUCAUGCUGUAGAUAAUGUAUGAAUACAUAUGUCCACACGUGUACAUAUGAGCACACAAAAUGUAUUGAAGUUAGUUCACAAUCCAGGUGUCUUGCUACUGAUGAUACAUCUGGACUAAUGCUUAUUCACUGGUCCAGUGUCAGUGGUGGAAAGUCAAGAAAUCUGGAAAAUCUUCCGGCAUCUGAACCCAAAGGAACCCCGAUCAUAUAAUCAGUGAUGGUGAGUGUAUCUGGGAUAAUGUGGUCCUCGUGAGGUAUAUAUUUCUGAGAACACCUACAGCGACAUCAACUUCAUGUGUUUUUUUUUUUGUUUUUUGUUUUUUCUGAUCAUAAUCUUAUUUUUGUACAAGUGAGAACCUCGUUAUUUAGCUCUCAUCUGCCCUACAUUGUAUUCAGUUUGUGUGAAGUCUCAAGUAAACCAGGAGUUAAUUAUCUGAGGCCAGAAAAUAUAUCAAAAAAUGAGUAAAAUGUUCAUAAAUAAAUCAUUUUAGAAACUUAUAAAAAGAAAGACCUCCCACACCAGCCUGGCAUCCAGGAAGCUACAAUGAAAUAUAUCACCCAUUUCCUCUGAUCUGUGCAUCAAUAUAUUGUAAUUUUUAAAUCAAACCAUAUUUAUCAUGUUAUUAUGCAAUGUAAUAAUGAAUACGUAUAUUUUAGUUCUGUUUUGUGCCCCGUUGUAGAUUUUAAAGCAAUGUACCUAAUGUAAAUGCCUCCUGUAAAAUGUCAUAAUAGCUUUAAAGCUAAAUAAACUGAGCAAAACUGUA